GCUUCGUGACAACAUAAUACAACCCAUGUGCUUGCAGGUGCCCUGUCAACAACCACACUACCAGAAGGAUAAGACGCUAAGAACAGAAAACAAUAAAAAUCAAAAGAGAAAUACUCAGCAAAAUGGAGCCUACCACAGGAGAAAUAGAUGUGUACACCAAAAGACUGAGACAGCCCAAUGACCAGUAUACAGUCCUCACGGACACACAAAUACAGAACAACCGCAAACACCCUAGCAUGCAUUUCCAUUUCUCACAGCCAAAGGUCGUACCAGAUAAGCGAUGGUGGGUGCCCCGCUACUGCAACCACUUCAGCCAGCACCUGGUUCGCGAAGUAUCCCGCAACCAGCCAUACUGCUGGCUGGAUUACCAGUGGGACCAGAACCCACACCCGGACCAGACUUCCUGCCGCCAGGGGGCGUUUGAGAAGUGGGGACCCAAGAGGAAUGGUGAGAAGACAUAUCGCCAUUUCGACGGAGAGCCCACCAGGAGUUUCCUCAAUAUCGAUGUGUACAGACCACCAGCCAGGUGUGAAUACGGCCCCACGGUGAUGGACUGCGGAAGACCUGGGGUGGGAUACCACCAGCAGAAAUAUGCAUCUCAGAGCACCUGGUUUGGUUCCUCUGUCCCUCUGAAUCGCACAGACAUCCUGCAGACCAUCAAUCGUAAGACCACAGCUGAGUACAAGGCACUCCAGAGGCAGGAGCAGAUAGAUACACAGAGAGUGGACCAAUGGCCAGAGUAUUCUGAAUAUACCGAUAAAUUCAUCAUGAAAACAAAGCCUUCCCCCAGGUUGAAUAAUCUAGAAGAAAGAAAACGAUUUUUGGCUGAGUCCAGACACCAAGAGGAAAUAGAGCGUGCAAAACUCGAAGAAUCAUGGCGACAGUCACAAAUUCUGCCAACUCCAAAGGAAAUGGAAUUUACACCCUAUGAGACAAAUGUAGAACCAGUGAAAGUAGGCAUUUACCCGCAUUUACCUGAAAUAACAAAAACACCAGGAGCACCUUUGACGGACAUAUAUGUAUAAAACAAACUAGGACUUAUAUACCAUUUCCUCUCUUCUGAAUACAAUGGUUAGGAUCUAGAUCUGUUCAUUUGGUCCCAGAAUAAAAAGUGACUAAAGGUGAAGAGACAGCUUCGUUUGAGAGAAGGCUAAGGAUGUUGGAACAAGACUUCGUCUGAGAACCAUCAUGAAGUCACAAAAAGGGAUAGAAUUGCUGUGUACAAAAGCAAGGCAUCUUUGUUAAUCCAUAGAUGCCCAGCACAUACAAGCAGGACGAUGGAGGACUGAUGAUGACAUUAUGCCCAAAUAUUCAAUGAACUCAGUGUUCAGCAAGGGCAUAAAGCAGGGAGUACUUAAUUCCAGAGUCUGCAAAACAGGGGUGAAGAAGAUAGGUUUUGAUAAGCACAGUGAAAUGUAACUGAUGGCAGUAUUGCACACAGGAGCUUAGUAUGAGGAAUGCAUGCACCUCAAAGCCAUUAUACUUCCAUGACAAGCUAUUUAUAAAUGACUCCUUGUCGCUUAAAUAUAUAUACAUAUUGAGCCAAAAUACUGGUCUUAUAUUAUGUGCUGAAGUGCCAUUGCAUACUUGUACUUUCUUCAUCAUACAGAGAAUGACAUUGUGGAACUGAAGUAUUUAAAUGGUAUUAAAAUUUAAUGAAAGAAAUUUACAAAUUGAAAUCCAUAUACUUUGAAUGGCAUUAAAUACAUUUUUCACCAAUGUGAAACAAAAGUGACAUGCCUUAAAUCAAGAUUAAAAUAUUUAUUUAUAUAAUGCAAGGCAUGAGAUUGUUACAAUAUCUUUACAUAAUUCAUCAUGUGCAUUGUGAGAAUGUAAAAUUCACAGUAAACUAAAUCAUUUUUAAAUUAUUAAAAUAACAAUAUCAAAAGGGUCCACUU